AUGCCUUUCGAAGCCCCUUCCCAAGACAACUAUGACACCACCGAAAACUACGAUGGCGGGUACAAAUUCGCACCAAUCGAAGAAGCGGAAGUGUCUCGGGCUAUGAUCAAACGGUACUUCGAUACUAUGUACGAGCGAGCCGUAUCGGACGUGGUCAUUGUGGGGGCUGGAAGCGCCGGCUUAUCUUGUGCCUACCACUUGGGAAAGACGCGCCCAGAUCUCAAGAUCACUAUCGUCGAGGCCAAUGUAGCGCCAGGCGGAGGCGCUUGGCUUGGUGGCCAAUUAAUGACACCUAUGGUGGUCAGAAAACCAGCGCACCUUUUCCUCAAAGAGGUCGGCGUACCAUUCGAGGACGAAGGUGCAUUCGUCGUCGUCAAGCAUGCUGCGCUCUUUACAUCCACGCUGCUAUCCCGCGUCCUCUCCAUGGACAACGUCGUCAUGAUGAACGCUACGGCCGUCGAAGAUCUCGUCAUCCGCGAGGACUUCCAGGGCAGGCAGCGCGUUGGCGGUGUCGUCACUAACUGGACACUCGUCGCCCUCAACCACGAUACGCAAUCCUGCAUGGACCCCAACACCAUCACCGCCCCCGUCGUCGUGUCCGCUACGGGUCACGAUGGCCCAAUGGGAGCCUUCUCCGCGAAACGACUCGUUAGUGCUGGGUUGCUCAAGGAACUCGGAAAUAUGAGGGGCUUGGAUAUGAACCGAGCUGAACCCGCCAUCGUCAACAAUACCCGCGAGGUUGCACCUGGUUUGAUCAUGACUGGUAUGGAAUUGUCUGAGCACGACGGUUGCAACCGGAUGGGACCGACGUUUGGUGCCAUGAUGGCGAGUGGCAUCAAAGCCGCUAAGGAAGCUAUGCGUGCUUUAGACACCCAUACUAUCACCAAGGGAAAAGUCGUUGCCUGA